AGUUGGGACAGAAAACGAGUGUUUGCUUCAUUCAAACAGCUUGUUGCAGUGUGGUAGACAGGGCGACCCGAUCACACCCGCGCAUUGCAUAAUUCAGAAUCACCGAGAACGCCAUGACAUCAUUCUACACAUUUGUAUGGAUAAUUGGAACGUUGCAGACAGCGACUACAGCAACACGCCAUGGUACACGCUUUACUGUAUACACACUGGACAAGACGCAAACGGAUGCUCUUCUCUCUUCUGUGAAGAAAGGGGAGACCAUCUAGUCAGCUUCCAGACUGAAGAAAAAUUCAACCGAUUCCUGGAAAUCAUUAAACCUUGGAUCUCUAAGAACCUAUUAACUAACAGCUUCUGGGUUAGUUUAAGGAAGAACUCUUCGUCGUUUGUUUGGCAUGACCGUACGGAAUAUGAAGACGACUAUUCUAAUUUCACCAUGACAGUUAAUCAGUCGGAAAAACAAUGUUUUAUUGUCUCGAAAGGCGUGAACAGAUAUGACCUGAUAGAGGAACAUUGUUUUAAUGAAACGUAUCAAGUUAUCUGUGAAAAGGACCUGGGUUUGUGUCCUUUUGAAGUCUUCCCAGACACCAAAUACAUGCCGAAUGCCCAAAUCGUGAAAACUGGUGCUGGCAAACUUGACAUGGAGACAUGUCAACGUGGUUGUCUGGAUCACACCGCCAUCAACGAUGAGUGCAUUGGCGUGGAGCGGGAUAGAGACGACACGUGCCAUAUAUUGACAGGAAUGAUGGCUGUCUAUGAGACUGUUCCAACAUCCCCAGAGUCUGGCUCAACUCUCUCACUUAAGAAGUGCUAUGAAGAACAUGUCGGAGGCAACCCAAGUCAAGCGACCAUAUUCACCUUGUACAAUUUUAAACUGACGUGGGACCAGACACGUGCUUUCUGCGAAUACACAAACCAGAGCAUGCUCAAACUGGACAGUCCAACGAAGAUUGCUGCAUUUAACGAUAUGCACAAAGAAUGGCUUGACCACGAACUAGUGUUCACACACAUCUGGAUAGGCCUCCGUUACACAAACGCAAGUGGGCCGGAAUCGUACAAGUGGACCAACGAACAACCGCUUUCUUCUGUUAACCGAUGGACAAUAGGAGAACCUCAGGAAUCCGUCACUAAACAAUGUAUUUUCUUUCGGAAAGGAAACCGUAAAUGGAAAUCAAACGACUGUACGAUAAGGUACCAAGUUGCAUGUGAACAGCCAACAGCGGCAUGCAGUUUCAAGGAGACGAUGAUGGUACCAGUGGAAGCUCCAUCGAACACAACGGCAGGUGGCACCGAGAUGGAUUGUCAGCGGAGGUGUCGAACCCAAGCCUGGGACGGCUUCGAGUGCUCGCUGUACAUUUAUGAUAACGUCACCAGUAUAUGUAUUCUAUACUCUGGUACACUCACCUUAGAAGCUUCUGCGAGACCAGCAAUGAAGAAAGAGUGCUUCUUUGAACAUGUCUCUUCACAUGUAAACGUUGCUAACCGUUAUUCUUUCUACGACUUGGAGUUCACUAAACUCGACUCUGAUACAUUCUGCGACCUAGUUGGAGAGGAACCACUCAACCUAACUGACAGUUCCCGAUACAACUCUUUUGUGCAGGUUCUUCAGCAACAAAAUAAUAUACCAAUCUAUGGUGAAAUCUGGGCGGAACUGGGAACGUCAGAGACGACAAGCUGCAGCGUUAUCACAACAGCUGCAACGAUUAACUCCACAGCGAAGGACUGUAAUGGACAGGCACAGACAGUAUGUUUCACUGACAAAUUUGACUGUGUGUUUCGGAUUAACAAAGACGUAACCAUAUCCGGAGAGGAUUUUCUGCACCUGCCCGGCUUGAGUCGUUUCGUCUGUAGAGACGUUUGUUCACGGGUGGAAGCUGGUGACAAGAUAUGUGUGGGGUUCGAACACGACCUGGACACCGAUUGCAGGCUGGUGAUGAGACAGGUGCUCAUGAAUGGUUCUUUAACUGGUGUCGUUCACCGUGCUGGUAACCAGUUGAAUGUGGUAAAGUGCAACUUUGGUUCAUUUGGGAAGCAAGAAACUACAGCAAAGACAUUCAGUGUCCACGGCCUAAGCCUGACCAGGGACGCUGGGAAUGAUUUCUGCACACAGAUAGGAAGACAGCCUCUUCUGCCAUAUUCCAUUACUGAAUUACAUUCCAUCUUUGACGUUUUGGAUUAUUGGCAGGAUUUAAAUUUCUUCUCGGAUGUGGAUCAUGUUUGGACCAACGUGGAUCUUUCCCAGUUUGGGCACACGGUUUCUGACCUCAAGUCAUCUGACGACACAAAUGGCGAUUCCUGUAUCGCUUUGAACCACAUCAAAGCGACAUGGACCUCGUUUAGUUGUGAUAGAGAGUGUUAUGUUGUGUGUCAAAGUAUCGAUGGUAACUGCACCAUGGACGAAUAUCCGCUGAAGUCUCUUGUCGAUAGAAACAAUUCACUGGUGGUGACGGCGGCAAAUGCUACUACAUGUCAAGCAUGGUGCAUGGCCCUCGUAGCAUCGUUUAAGGAGUGCGUAGCGGCUGAGUUUGAUGCACCAUCCUGCACGGUAUUCUUCAGCGACAGCGUGUACGUUACAGACCUACCUCAGAUGACAGCAUCUAGCACAGCCACUGUGUUCAUUCGACGAUGUUUUACGGUCAUAACUCCAAACAACGUUGAACUGACGGGUUACAAGUUUACCAUGUUUGACACGCCAAUGACACACGCCCAAGCCAUUGACGCAUGUAGGAGCGAAGGCCUGGAAUUGAUAAAGCUUGAUAACGAAUCGUCCUCUGCCUUAUCAGAUGUAUAUGACAGGUCGAAGACUUCAUGGCUUGGUCUGAGGCAACUGACCCGUCCACUGCGAGGGACCACCUGGACAGAUGGAAGCCAGGUCUCUUGGACAAACUGGGGAGAACAGGUAGUUCCUGUACCUGGUCAUUGUGUCGUUCUCAACAGCAGUGACCUGAGGUGGACAAUGGACAACUGCGGCAGUAACAAUUUUGCCUUGUGUGGAAAUGGCAAAGGGGCAUGUAGGUACGACUUCUAUCCUGGUCAAAGGUUACCCAACACAGUGGUACAAUUAUCAAAUAUGCCAGAAAGCAAGUGUAAAUCCAGCUGCAAUGUCGUUCUCUUCAACAACACUGUCUGUCGAGGUGUUAGCACCGACGGUGAUUUAUGUCUACUAGACAUGGGCGUGGAAAUAUAUUCCUCUGAUCCAGUUCUUGUGAACGCCGGAUCAUAUAAGACAUAUCUUCGGUUCUGCCACGAAGUGGAAGAACUCUCCUACACCUCCCAAGGGACGCCGAUGCCAUCAUCCUCACUGAUAGAAGAAAACUCCUUGAAUCUGGAACCUUCUUUAAGUUCAGAACAACUUGCCUACUCAGUGGAACCAAGUACCUCAUUUGACCAAACAACCUUGUUAGAAGACAUAUUUUCAACCAUCGUUGAAACUGAUGGAUUGGCAUUGUCCACAGGAACAUUCACAGAAACAUUCACAGAAAUAUAUUUAGACAUUGCAUCGAGUCACACGGAGGCAGACUCUGCUCAGGCCACCACCAUAGUUGCUUCUGAUACCGUGACGGUCCAAAAUGGUUUAGAGUUUCAAUCCAGUCAAAGUAUGCUUUCAACACGUGAAGAGUUGUCUGGGGCUACAACUCUAAUACAGAUCACACCAACCCGCAACUGCUUUCAAGUGAUGGAGUUGUCACAUUUAUGUCGACGGGAACUUACUUGGGGUAUUUGAGUACUGUUGAUCUUGGUAGUCCGGGAACGUCUUCUGUUAUUGAUGUGUCAUCUGUAUCUGCCAGUUCUACAACUAAUUCUCUGGGAUGGGGAAACAGUUCAGACAACUUUUGGAUCAACGAGAAUGGAAGAGUUGUUCGCCAAGUGUGUGUGUGCCGAUGCAGGGUGUCGUUACCAGAGACACCGUCAUUGAUGUCCGAAAAGGUGAAGGACCUUCGGAAGGAUCUGAUUGUGAUGAAGAAUAAUGUGUCGUCCUACCGCCGUGCAAAGACCUCCGCCCAAAAUAAGAAGGCAGCGGUAGUUGCAAUGGGAAGCGUGUUAGGGAUCAGCAUUUUAUCCAUGACGUUUGUUACACUGCUCAUCCUGGACUUAACUAACAUCUGUAGAAUGAUUUCCAGGAAAAUUCAUACACAAUCACGUGUUUCUCAGCGUUAACAUAAUUAUAUUUGUUUAUAACAACAGUUCAGUUCCCUAUGAUUCUUAGCGUGGUAUAAAUAAUGCGUACCAUUUAAAUAAAUGGCGUGACCUUGACAGAAUGAUGUUUGACAAACGCAAAAAUACCCAUGUACACGAGAGGCACGACAACAUGGCGUAACAGCUAUGGAUUCUUAUAUUUAUGCCUGCAGUCGUCUAAACUUCUUAUCGGCACAGAAUUUCCCGUGCAGAUCCGGGUUAAAAAUCGAUCUUCAGCAACCCAUGCUGAUUGUCAGAGGCGACUCACGGGACCGG